UUCAUGCCUCCCGAACAGCUCCUUCCCGAAGACCUCAGAAUGAACACCCAGUGGUGGCUCACAGAGGACACAAACGAGGACUUCAGUUACGCUCCCGAUCAUCCAUGGCACUUGGAAAUCUGGGCCAUCGAAAUCCCCCCCGCAAUUCGAAGUCUCAUCGAUGCCGAAGACAAGCCGCACCUAAAAGACGCCGAAUGGGGACUUACCAUGAACCCCGCAAUAGCGAGAGCUUGUAUCAAGGCUCCCGAAUGGGCGGUACAUCGUUUGAAGCUAUCAGCGGAGCCAAGGGAUAUGGAUGUAGCGAGAAGCAUUGCAUUCAACCAAAUCAGAAAGCACUAUACUACGUAUAGUGUAGAGAACAAUCAAGUCUUCGCCAGUGCCGGCGAAAGCUCCGCCCCUACCAUUUUUGGGGAUUGGGUGGAGAUUCACUUCAUGCUCUGCACAGAAAACCUGUUACGUUCGACCAUAUACGACGAUCGUGUAAGAAGCCAUCUGCAAAGGAUGUCUCCUAUUGCAGCCAACGUCGUCACUGCGUUCCAAACAGGCGAACCAUAUACUGGGGACUGGUCUAAUGAGAACGAAAGAUUGAUAUUCCAGGCCCAGUCAUGGAUGUUCAAACGAAAACAGCAGCACGGCGCGCCUAUUCAGUCGAGCUCGCAAGUUGAGCCAGACAUACAGGCUGCGUCAAGCUCUGCUGAUGGACAACACCUGCGAAACAUUGGUUCGUUGCUGAACUGA